AAGCAAAGAACUCAUCAGAUCUCACUUGCCCAAUAAAUUUUCAAAUCACUUUCUCUGCAGCGUUCAGCCGAUCUCCAUCUCAUCGCCUCCCGGCAAACCCUUCCAUGGAGCCUCAUCACCCCAUUGAUCUCUCCUUUUGCGGCCACACCAAGCCCAGGCUCUAUCUCCUCUCCUCCUCCUUCUUCCUCCUCCUCCUCCUCCUCUUCGUCCUCGCCCUCAUCUCCUCCUCCAAGCAGCCUUCUUUCCCUUCCUUCGACUACCCUCAUUCUUCCGCCAGGUUGCCGGCGGGCUGCGACAUCUCCCGCGGCGAGUGGGUUCCGGAUCCGGCCGCGCCGUACUACACCAACCUCACCUGCUCGCUGAUCCAGGAGCACCAGAACUGCAUGAAGUAUGGGAGGCCAGACAGGGACUUCUUGAAGUGGCGGUGGAAGCCGGCGGCGUGCGAUCUGCCCGCCUUCGACGCGGCGCGCUUCCUCGAUCUCGUGAGGGGAAAGUCGAUGGCGUUCAUUGGCGACUCUUUGGCUAGAAACCACAUGCAGUCCUUGAUGUGCCUCUUGUCCAAGGUGGAGUUCCCUGAAGACCUCAACUCAACAGAUAACUACUUCAAACGCAUGUUCUACGCCAACUACAAUUUCACCCUAUCGAGUUUCUGGUCCCGAUUUCUAGUUAAAGCUGAGGAGGUAGAUUCAGACGGCCCUAACCACACUGGCCUGUGGAACCUCUACCUCGACGAAGUCGAUGACAGUUGGGCUUCCGAAAUCGACCAGUUCGACUACGUGAUAGUAUCCGAUGGCAUCUGGUUCUCACAUCCCACAUUCUUCUACGAGAAGAGAGAGCUCGUCGGCUGCCACUUUUGCCUCGUCGACAACGUCACCGAUCUCCCAAUUUGGUACUCCUAUAGAUCGGCGCUCCGGACGACUCUCCGCAGCCUCAUCGACAUGGACGGAUUCAAAGGCAAAAUAUUUCUACGAACAAUUUCGCCGUCUCAUUUCGAGAAGGGGGAGUGGAACAAGGGAGGGGACUGCGUGCGGAGGCAACCAUUUAAGAAAAACGAGGCGAGAUUAGAGGGAAGAGAUCUGGACUUCCACCAGAUUCAGAUAGAGGAGUUCAGGGAAGCCGAGAGGGUUGGCAGGGAGAAAGGAGCGAAGCUGAAGUUGUUGGAUGCGACGGGGGCCAUGUUGCUGAGGGCCGACGGGCACCCGAGCCGAUUUGGGCAUUGGGCGCACGAGAACGUGACGCUGUAUAAUGAUUGCGUGCACUGGUGUCUGCCUGGACCUGUCGAUUUAUGGAGCAACUUUUUGUUUGCGAUGAUGCUGGACGAUCGAGUAGAUUGAAGCCGAAGAGAUCGAUCGAGCUUUUGUAAUUCUGAUGAUAUCAUUUAAGUCUCUCUUCUCGACUUGGGUACAAACGCUUUUCGGAUGAUGGUUGUUCGGAUUUGCCCAAUUGAAUGAAGUUCUUUCUUUUAUGGGAA